CCCGCCGGUGGCUGAGUCACACCAACCACCCAUGUGAAUGUCAUUUUUUAAAACUUUUUUUGAUGGAACCCUUUAUGAAUCUCUUUGAUCUCCACCGAAUCUGGCAAAAGUCGGCGGCGUUAGUGACUGACUGACUGGUGAGGUUUUCCCAUCGAUUCACUGCUGAUCCUACUCCGGCCAUAUUUACCUACUUCCUGCUUUCACCUAUGAGCAGCCUAAACGCGCAGAAUUUGCAGCUUCAGGGCAUCUACAACUCUUCAUCUCGCCGGCGACACCCUGCCCACUAUCCGAAAUGUAUCAAUCAGCUCUUCGGUGCUUUCGCGCGGAGUUCCCUCCCCAAAUUUCCGGAGUUGACUUCUGCUAGAGUUUCAAUUCAACCGGACUCGCGUUUCCAAGUUGGGAGUUCGAGAUUUUUGGUGACCAGAUGUGUCUCCGACAAGUUCUCGGAUUCCAUUGAGCCGGAUUCCGGCCAUGUCGGCCUUCCUAGUCAGAUGGCUGAUAGAGGGAAUGGUUCUAUAGUCGAUAUCCUAAAACAAGCAAAUUCACUACUGCCUCAUGUAGUCCUCGCUAGUACCUUGAUGGCACUCGUCUAUCCUCCUUCUUUCACCUGGUUCACCACCAGGUACUAUGCUCCUGCUUUAGGGUUUUUAAUGUUUGCAGUUGGGCUUAACUCGAACGAGAAGGACUUUGUUGAAGCAUUCAGCAGACCAGCAGCCAUUUUGGCUGGUUACAUUGGCCAAUUUGCAGUGAAGCCUAUUCUUGGAUACUUAUUUGGCAUGCUCUCGGUUUCUAUGUUUGGCCUUCCUACUCCCAUUGGUGCUGGGAUUAUGCUGGUAUCUUGUGUCAGUGGGGCCCAACUUUCAAACUAUGCUACCUUCCUCACCGAUCCACAGUUGGCUCCUCUAAGCAUCGUUAUGACCUCGUUGUCCACUGCUACAGCAGUGGUUGUCACGCCUUUGCUCUCUCUCUUGCUCAUUGGCAAGAGGCUUCCCGUUGAUGUGAAAGGAAUGGUGUCCAGCAUUACCCAGAUUGUAGUUGCUCCAAUUGCUGCAGGCUUGUUUCUCAAUAGGUUCUUUCCACGGAUAUCCAGUGCUAUUCGGCCAUUUCUGCCUCCUCUAUCUGUGCUCGUGACGGCAUGCUGUGUCGGAGCACCACUGGCGAUCAAUGUGGAGUCAGUUAUGUCCCCUUUCGGGGUGACAAUCUUGUCACUCAUCGUUGCGUUUCAUCUGUCAGCAUUUGUUAUUGGGUAUUUCGUUACAGGUUUAGCGUUCCAUGAUGCACCAGAUUUGAAGGCUCUCCAAAGAACAAUAUCAUAUGAGACCGGAAUGCAGAGUAGUCUUCUGGGUCUUGCACUUGCCAACAAGUUCUUCCAAGAUCCAUUGGUUGCUGUGCCUCCUGCAAUAUCUACUGUAAUAAUGUCCCUGAUGGGUUUCUCAUUGGUGAUGAUUUGGGCUAAGAAGAAAGAAGCGUAG